AUCCAUUUUUGUAUUUAUUUUAUAGUCGCACAGAAAGUUUAGUGCGCCGAGACACGGUUCGAUGGGAUUCUAUCCCAAAAAACGAUCUCAACGUCAUCGUGGUAAGGUAAAGGCUUUCCCUAAAGAUGAUCCGACGAAACCCGUUCAUUUAACGGCAUUUAUCGGUUACAAAGCUGGUAUGACCCACGUUGUACGUGAAGCCGAUCGUCCCGGAUCAAAGGUGAAUAAGAAAGAAAUUGUCGAAGCUGUAACGAUUCUUGAAACACCACCAAUGGUUGUCGUUGGAGUAGUCGGAUACAUCGAAACUCCUCAUGGAUUAAGAGCCUUGACCACUGUCUGGGCCGAACAUCUGUCGGAAGAUUGUAGAAGACGAUUCUACAAAAAUUGGUAUAAGAGCAAGAAGAAGGCUUUUACCAAAGCCUCCAAAAAGUGGCAAGAUGACCUAGGGCGGGACUCUAUUGAAAAAGACUUCAAGAAAAUCAUCAAGUACUGCAAAGUUGUACGUGUGAUUGCUCACACCCAAAUGAAACUCUUGAGACAACGUCAAAAGAAAGCCCAUAUCAUGGAAAUUCAAAUUAAUGGUGGUACUAUCGAUGAAAAAGUAAAAUGGGCCAGAGAGCAUCUGGAGAAGGGUGUUCCCGUUGCAAACGUUUUUGCUGCUGAUGAAAUGAUCGAUGUCAUUGGUGUUACAAAAGGAAAAGGAUACAAGGGUGUUACGUCGCGUUGGCAUACAAAGAAAUUGCCUCGCAAGACACACAAAGGUCUUCGUAAAGUCGCUUGCAUCGGUGCAUGGCAUCCCAGUAGAGUUUCAUUUACCGUAGCAAGAGCUGGUCAGAAAGGAUAUCAUCAUCGUACUGAAAUGAAUAAAAAAAUCUAUCGUAUUGGGCAAGAAAUUCACACCAAGGAUGGAAAGAUCGUGAAAAACAAUGCAUCAACGGAGUAUGAUUUAACAGAAAAAAGUAUUACGCCUAUGGGUGGUUUUCCUCAUUAUGGAGAAGUUAACAAUGACUUUGUCAUGAUUAAAGGCUGCUGCAUGGGACCUAAGAAACGUGUUAUUACUUUAAGAAAGUCACUCUUGGUUCACACAAAACGCGCAGCCCUCGAAAAAAUCAACCUCAAAUUCAUCGAUACGAGCUCCAAAUUUGGCCAUGGACGGUUCCAGACCGCCGCAGACAAAGCUUCGUUCAUGGGCCAACUGAAGAAGGAUCGAAUUCGAGAAGAAUUGGCACAAGCAACAGCUGUUUCGGCCGCUGCAAGCGGUGCCGCAACGACCACUCAGUAAUUUAUAUACUGUGAAUGUCGAUUAUUGAUAAAACGUUUUUUCAAAACUAAAAAUAUUUUUAUUUCCACUAUGGAA